GGCCAGGGAUCAGCAAUGGGAGCAACAGAUGACAUGCCAGUAGUCUGUCAAUACGUUUGUAACUUGGUAAUCAGAAAGGUUCUACCUGCCUCUUUCCAAUCCUUUGAUUUGAUCUUCAUUAUUUGGUUUACCAUUUCUAGGUCAAAUGAGGAGGAGGAGGAGGAGGAGGAGGAGGAAGAGGAGGAGAAGGAGGAAGAAUGGAAAGACUGUCCUGAUUAUACAACUUCUGGUGAAAACAGCUGUUACUUCAAUGCAUCCUUCACCUCCAUUUGGGUCCCUUACUCUGUUCGGCUUUACAUUGCCGAUCAGCUAUACGAUGAAAAAGAUUUCCGGGUGGAAGAGAUAGUCGUUCCAGAUCCUCCAUUUGGGCUGAACUGGACAGUGCUAUACACCAGCCCAAGUCGUGUCUUUACUGAUGUUCAGGUUUCAUGGAAGCCUCCACUCUCUGCAGAUGUUGUUAAUGGAUGGAUCAUACCUGUCUAUCAGCUUCAGUAUAAAUCCGUCAAUGAAACAGAAUGGCAUGAGGUGGAUUCAAAACAUGCCACAGAAGUUCCAGUAUAUUCUUUAAAGACAUGCCGAGAUUAUGAGAUGCGGGUUCGAGCAAAAGGAUUACCUGAAAUUUAUGGCGAAUUCAGUGACAUCCUGUAUGUAUCAUUUGAUUCAAAAGGACUGGUGCCAUGUGAAGAAGAAUUGCAAAUUGCUUGGCCUUUGGCGAUAGCCUUUGGAACACUUGGCCUAAUUGUGAUACUGUCUUCAAUCUUCUAUUCUAAACAACAAAAGUUGAAAAUACUAAUAUUUCCUCCUGUUCCAGUGCCCAAAAUUAAAGGAAUUGAUCCAGACCUAUUAAAGAAAGGAAAAUUGGAUGAAGUUAAUUUCAUAUUAGCAAGUCAUGGUAGCUACAUGCCCCAGCUUUAUGGAAAUGACUCUUGGGUGGAAUUUAUUGAACUGGAUAUAGAUGACGCUGAAGAUAGAACCGAAGGAUCAGAUACUGAAAGGCUCCUUGGUGAUGUUCACACAAAGUCUCAUGGCUGCCUUGCAGUGAGGGAUGAUGAUUCUGGACGGGCCAGCUGCUGUGAGCCUGAUGUCCCAGAGACUGAUUUUAGUGCAAGUGAUACAUGUGAUGGAGCUUCUGACAUUGAUCAGUCCAAAAGGGUAAGUGAUAAAGAAGAGGAUCUCUUGUGCCUUGAUCAAAAAGACAACGAGAAAUCAAUCCCAGGUCUUGACGAUGCAUCUGCCUGCUUGCCAUUGGAUAAUCCAACCAAAGAACAGGACCUAAAAUCCCAUGUGCCUGCCACUGAGAUAACCAAUCCACUAGUCCAGACCCAGUUGAGCAAUCAAAGUUCACUAAGGAACAUUGAUUUUUACGCACAAGUCAGCAACAUUACACCAAGAGGAAGUGUUGUGCUCUCCCCAGGACAAAAAAUGAAGACAGGAAAAACUCAAAGUGAAGCUCAGAGAGAACCAGUUGCACAGUGUCAAUCAACCUUGGCCAUGGACAAUGCCUAUUUCUGUGAGCUGGAUGUGAAAAAAUGUGUCACUGUCACACCCCCCAAAGAAGAUGAGCCAGAAGUUCAAGUACAGAGCUUUUCAGAGGAUGCUUACUUGACCACUGAUAGCCUUGUCCUUCAUCCUGUGAUCCCUGCUAUGGUAACAACAGCUGCAGAAGAAAAAGAUCCGGAAGCUUCUGAGAUACCUGUGGCAGACUAUACCUCCAUUCAUAUGGUACAGUCCCCACAAGGUCUUGUUCUCAACGCAACAGCUCUCCAUGUGCCAAGCAAAGAAUUCAUCAUGUCAUCUGGCUAUGUGAGCACAGAGCAACUUAACAAAAUCUUGUCAUAGGUUUCUUUCUUUUUUCUUUUUAGUAUGUAGGAAACUGUAUCAUCCCUAGCUCUCUGAAGCUCAGAACACAUAUGGAGUUGGAGUUUUCCAAUUCAGUACAGUGUUACAGAAAACGUCUGAAGUUCACAGAACACUUAUUAACUAUGAUGUGAAUGGGGAGGCCAAUUCCCAAAAGGAAUUCUGUGUUCCUAUGCUUUAACCAGAGCCAAGGUGUCCAAUAGAUUCAGAUGGUUGGUGAUGAUGCAGUCCUUUCCACUUUUACCUGUGUUGUUGAAUCAAUCACAGUAUUGCUUUUGUGUCUUGUAAAUAUUGUCUAACCAAAUGUUGCUGGUGCUGAUUCAGUAGCAUGACUGUCCUUCAUUAUAGGUGUUGCUUUGGGCUUCUCCCAAACACAUUGGGUAUCUGUGUCAUGCAUUGUAAAUCAUUUUUUUUUCUUCAAAAAGCUAUUAGCAAGUGUGGAAUUUUGUUUGUUUGCUCGCUUGUUUGAAGAUUUUGAAAUGUUUAUACUGGGAAUUGGAGAAUGAAAGAUUAGAUAAAGAAGCAAAAAAAGUUUUGUUAAGUAAAGCAUUAUUAUGGUUAAUAUAAAUAGAAAUCUACUUUAAUACUUCAGGUAAGCAAGCAUGAAUAUUUUAUACUUGGACUACAUUCUGAGGUUUAAUUAUUAUGAUCGAUGUAUGGAAUGUGUCUGCUGCAAUCAGUAUAGCAAUUACCAAAAGAAUAAGGAAAAUAUUUUUAUAUCUCCAUCAAAGCUAUAGAGAAUUUUAAGUUGCAGCGCUGCUGGGGGUGGGGGUGAUCAUUUCUUAAAAGCACUAUUCAUAUUUUUACCUUUUGUAGCAAACUAAAAACAUGUACAACAUUGAAUAUUUUUGUAUUGGUAAAACCAAUCUGUCAUUACAGUUUUAUAACAGUAAAGCCUAAAAUGGAUUUGGAAUUUGAGGGCUUUUUAGGAAUACAAUUAUUUUUUUAUGACUAAGUAGGCGAUUUAAUAGUGUUCUUCACAAGAAAGUGUUUACAUCCCUUAAAUUUUAAACAACAAACCUAAUAUUAAUAUAGAGUCAAAAAUUAUCAUCAUUUUAGAUUGUGAAUCGAAUGAAAAUACAAAAUUCAAUAGAACAGUAUUAUGAACAGUAUAACUUUUUAAAUUAGGAUAAUAUGCUAAUUAAUACCGAUGUAGGAAAGUUUUAAAGAAUUAGUGUGCUUAAAGCCUUAUGUGUAUCUGUUCCUUUCUCAAGGUAUGCCUUAACAUACUUUAAUUUUAUAUUUUGUUUACAUAAACGAGGUUUAAAUUCCUUUUCAAAUAUGCAGUCUGCUUGGGGUUUUUUCCUUGCUGUUUUCCAGACUGCUAAUAUUAAUCUCAGCCUUAGCCUGUCUGGAGGUAACCCGUUCCUAAACGUCACGCAAAUGUCACACAAACUUCCCAGAGUUACUGAUUUGAACUGAGAGUUUAUGACCUGGGGGUGGGAAGCCUUGUGCCAUUUAAAGGUUCCUUGUUCUGAUUCAGAAAGCUUCUCCCUUUAGCCUCUUAUUGAAUUUAGCUUCCCCAAGAUCUUUAGCGCAGGUCUUUUACAUUACCUAUUGCCUCAGUCUAUUAUUUUUUUUUAAAAGAUGUCAGGGAUCAAUCCGUGGACCUUUCUGCACAUAAAACAUGGAUUAUAUCGCCGAGCCACUAAUCCCUGACAGGAGCAAAAAUGUGAAUGGGGAAACAUUGCAGUGAAUUCAGAGGUACUCAGAGAUGAUUAUAGGUUGUGCCCCCUAUGGAAAGGGUGCAGAUAUUUUGCACUGAUCACAAUAAUGGAAACCCACCAAAAAGAAAAAACGUUGGAAAAGGAAGGGGGAAGGAAUGUGUAGGAUUUGCCUCUGAACUGGUCUUAAAAGGAUUUAAAUCUAGAAGAAAAAUCCUUCCUUUUCAUUGCUGUUCCCUUCAUGGGCCAUUACAAUUAAUGGCCAUAUGAUAAGCUGUGAUAAUAAUGAUAAUGAUCGUAAUAUGUAGAUUAUAACUGCCUUCUGGGAAAUACGUUGAUAUUAUACCUGGGUGGCAGUUUUGUUAGUAUUGUUUUGAUUUGUUUUAAAGAAGUAAGGUGAAGGUCUUGUUACGUGUAUUUGCCAUAGUCUUCAGUCUUAAAGACAAGUGUAGUGCAAUUGUUUCUGGUUUAUUUAGAAAUAAACCAUAGAAUGUGCUAUCGGGCCAACUUCCGUUUGGUGGGUUUUUAUGUUGGCCAAACAAAUAAGGAUGAAGUUUCCAAAAAGCUCACAUAGGACAUCUAAAUAAAGUUGCUUGGGAUGACACCACCACGGAAAAAGAAUGUAAGCUUCAUUUAUUUACAUUUUUGAAAGAUUGACUCUUUUUUCCAUAUAGGUACUCAUCACACUAAGCUAAUUGUCACUAGAAAAACUGGGGGUGGGAAAGAGGAUGGUGGGAAACAUUAGCAGGUUGUAAGAGACCCUGUCAGCAAAGAACAGCUAGAAUGAAAAGAAUACCAAGUGAGCAGAUCUGACAUCAAGCUUUAGUAAACAUAUGAAAUGGUGCAGAAAUUUUAAAAUGACCACGCACCUGCUUCUCAGCUACGAUGUUAAUCCUGUGUUGUAUAAGUAGGCCUUGAGUAGAAAUGCACAUUUUAGCUGGAGAUUGAAUCAUAGUAUAAGAAAAUUGCUCAGAAUCAAGUCAGUGCUUCAGAAAUAAACUUUUCUGAUAUUCAUUCUUUGGCUUGCAUUUGGCUUUUGUAUUUAAGAUGUAUUUUCUCUAACAGCUGGAACCUUUGAUUUUAGGCACUAUUGCAAUUAGAGCUAUGUAGGCCGUUCUUAAUGACAAGGGAAAUUAAUGAUACAUUUCCCUUGAUGGAUGUUUUUUUUUCCAUCACCAAAAACUAGUUAAAUACCUCAAUCUCAGAAUGUCCUUUGGUACUUUGCUGGUUACGUAAAACAAUAUACCACAGUAUGACGAUUUGUGUAUUUCUGUUUUAUGUAUUUAACUUGCCUUAUGUCAGUGUUCUGAUUCCAUCCUCAAAGUUUAAAUAAAUUUAUUUUCUUUAAUUCA